AUGCGCAACAAAGUACCAGUAGGCAAGUCCUCACCUCGUCCUCACGUGCAGGUUAAUAACUACGGGCGAAUUAACUCGCCCGGCGAUGACAUCCGUGUAGCCAUGGCAAAGAACGCGAGCAAGGCGGCAAGUCCUACCGCCGCCUCCGGUGCGAGCUGUGAUGGGGACGACGGAGACGAAGCGAACGGCGACGACGCCGAGGAGGAUUGGCCGGAGAACGGCCACGACGACAGUUCUUCAGGCGACGAUGAAGAUCCUGCUGACAUCGAGGAGGACGACUGGUGGAAUCGGCCGGUCGGGAGCGACGACGAGGUGGAAGAGUGGCAUGCUGGUGAUUUCGACAACGACGGAGGUAAAGAUGCGCAUGGUAACAACGCGGAGGCAGCGGCGGAUGCACAGGAAGCGGCGGUGGAUGCGAAUGAGGAGGCUGACGACGAGGCCGGGGCGGAACUUGAGACAUUUGCGCCUGCGGAUGCGGCCGCAGUUGCGGAUGCGGAAGGCGAGGAAGGCAGCGACGACGACCCAUGGAGCUUUGGGACCGACGACGACGUCCCGCUCCUGAAGCGGAGGCUGUGCCAUCGCCUACAGUCCAAGUCAAAGCGGGCCCGCGUGGUGCUCUCUGACGACGACGGUCCGGGGGAGGAGCGUUGCACGAUACUCACCGCUGCGGAGAAGGGGAAAGCCAAGGUCGCGGAAGCCCCUGCUAAGGCCCCUGUUAAAGCCCCUGCUCGUCGCCGCACAAGCAACAAGAAGCUGACAUCCGACGAAGACCCGGGAUCCAGCAAGAAGGCAAAGAAGGCGCCGAAUCCUGACGACAUCGUCGUGAACGAGCCGCUGGGCAGCGACGAUGAGUACGCGGCGGCGGCGGGCCCGAUUCCCACGUUCCAUAAGAAGUGGAUCGCGGAGGCUUGGGAUCAAGUCCCCAAGCAUAUCAUCAUCGACACGUUCUGCCACUGUGGGAUCUCGAGCAAGCUGGACGGAACAGAGAACCACCUGGUGAUGUCUCACCUGCGCGCCAGGAGCACCACCGAUGUCUCCGCGGACAUGUCUCUCGGGGGGACCACAGGCGACAACACGCGCCUGCUCGGUCGGACUCCAGAGGAGGAGGAGGAGGAGGAGGCAAUGCAGGCGGAGGGCGUGCGGGAGGUGGCCGUGGCAACCGACUUGGAGGUGCUGUACCAGGAGACCCCCAACUACCGCGGAGCGGCGGCCGAGGCUGACCGCAUGAUCGAGCCUAGGGAGACGGCUAGGCAUGCCUGGCGAGUGCCAGACUUGGGUGUAGAGCCUGAUGUUAGUGCAAGUGAGGAGGCGGUGACUGAGGGGGGUUAG